UUGUCUUGGAUACACAUCCUCAAGCUGCUUCUGUGAUUGGAUGAGCGCCCCGAGGAUGUCACUUGGCUACCGAAUGAUGAGAAAUUGAACACAUGAACGGAAAUACAGUCCUUGAAUUUUACUGUCCGUUUCCGUGUGACAUUCAGAUAGCCAUGAGUGAGGUUUACAGCAAAUAAAGGUAGCCAUUGGACUCUUGGUACAUAUUUCUAGUGGCGAAGACCCGUUUCCUUUUCGUUGGUACGGAAGCCGAGAGAAGACUGGUUGGUUACGCGGUGGCGGUGGGUCUCCACCCGAGAGUAUGGCGGCCAGGAUUGUAUUGGUGAGCGCAUAAGGAACGGGAAGAGAUGGUGAAAAUAAUCAAAGAAGAACGCUUGUAUUAUUAACUUUUAAAAUGGGAUUUAUGUAUCAACAUUUGUUGAGUUAAUACGCGACAGUCUUCUUGCAGAAUCCAUCAUCAGGAGCCGUCCUGUUUUUUCUCCAAUGUCUUCGCUGGAGCAAGUUUUGUAUUUAUGAUCCAUAGAAUGGUAAGCGAAGCAGAUGAAAAACCGCACGUUUCACAUUGACCCGCGUUUUGAUAGCUUGUAAUGCACAUUUUGAAGUUGCAAUAGUUUGGAUGCAAAUUGUCAUGUCUGGAAUGCCUGGGGGAAUAUCUACAAUGAAAUCCAUUUUCGGUCAGCAAGGCUUUGUGCUCUGCUUUUGUAUUUGCCAUUGCUGAACAGUGGUAGGGAAGGCAAUAUUUUUUAUAUUCGUUCAAAAUGGAACACGAAUAAAUGCCAUUUGCGCGGGGAUAUUCUACUCUGUCUCGCGGAGAGUGAUAGCUUUCGACAAUCUCUUGAAAUCAUCAACUAACAAGGGAGCAAUGCGCGAGUACAAAGUGGUGGUCCUUGGCAGCGGUGGGGUCGGGAAAUCCGCCCUCACGGUUCAGUUUGUCACCGGGACUUUUAUUGAGAAAUACGACCCGACCAUAGAGGAUUUUUACCGCAAAGAAAUCGAGGUGGAUUCCUCACCCUCUGUUCUGGAGAUUCUUGACACUGCUGGUACUGAACAGUUCGCAUCCAUGCGGGACCUUUACAUCAAAAAUGGCCAAGGCUUCAUACUGGUCUACAGUCUUGUCAACCAGCAGAGCUUCCAAGACAUCAAACCAAUGAGGGACCAGAUCAUCAGAGUGAAAAGGUACGAGAAGGUCCCAGUGAUCCUGGUGGGAAACAAGGUGGACCUGGAGAGUGAGAGGGAGGUGUCGGCCAGCGAGGGCCAGGCUCUGGCCGAGGAGUGGGGCUGCCCCUUCAUGGAGACCUCGGCCAAGAGCAAAACCAUGGUGGACGAACUGUUUGCCGAGAUUGUUCGGCAGAUGGACUACGCCGCCCAGCCAGACAAGAAUGACCCAUGCUGCUCCUCCUGCAAUAUACAAUAGCCCCAGGGCCUAGGGGGACGCCAGGGGAGAAAGGACAUAGCCCUAGGGCGACGCCAGGGGAGAGAGAGGACAUAGCCCCAGGGCCUAGGGCGACGCCAGGGGAGAGAGGACAUAGCCCUAUGGCGACACCAGGGGAGAGAGGACGUACCCCCAGGGCCUAGGGCGACGCUAGUGUCCAGUGGAGAGAGAACAUAGCCCCAGGGCCUAGGGUGACGCCAGGGGAGAGAGGGAGUCUGCAUACAGGAAGAUUCACAUAGAGGAAGACAAUACUUACACCAACAACAUCGACGAUUAACAAACUCAUGGUAGAAAUGUGGUGGAAUUGAACUCUUUGGUGCAUAAAAUCAGUCAUGAUGUAAUUAAUAAUAAUGAUAUGUUCAUAAUUAAUAGAAUUAAAUGAGGAAUUCAAAGGAUUUGCCUCAAGAGAAAUUGACAAACAAACAGGACUAAAGAAAAGUGCACUCGCUUUAUAUUAUCCUGGUUUCUCUGUCUUGAGUCAUCUGUCGGAAUUACUGAACAGGAUGUGAACUCUUUAUGCUAUUCUGCGAUCAUUAAUAUGUUUCUUUAACAGUUUUAGUUUUGUUGAUAUGACCCAGUUUCUCUCAGCACAUCGGGCUGGAGCCUUCUUUCUCCAUUUUAACUGACAGAGCAGAGCAGAAGAUAGCAACUGCACCGACUCAAGAGGAGGUAAUCCCUCAGAUCCACUUGUUUGAAACAUUGAUGAGUAAUUGAUUUGUGUACUAGGUUUCUCUGUGCAGGAAAAGAGAAAGUCUACCUACCUUUAUUCAAUGAGAUGUUUUGUACUCAUCACUAGGCCAGAAUCAAAGAGGUGACUUAAAGAGCCUCUUUUGAAUUUUCUCUUUUAUUUGUUUUGAGGAAGGGGGGAAGAAACUGGUGGAAAAGACAGUCUUGCUUCCUGUUUUCUCCUUUUGGAGGUGUUGUAUUAAGUGUAGCAGAGGUGUCUGUCACAUAAUCCUGUCAUUUGUUUUGGUUUCAGAAAGUUCUGAAGACAGAUUGCUGAAUAUUGUAACCGUUUCAUUCAGAUAGGAUUAGGAAAACUCCAUCUUUCAGUAUUUGAAUAUCUCUACAGACUCUAGAAACGGUUUACUUUUCAGGAAUGGGUGCCAUCCCUCAUCAUCCUCUCCAUUGAAUUUUAUUCUGAUUGGGUAUCACAAUGAAAUGGGGUGCAACGUUUUUAUCAACAUCCCACUCCUCUUUAAGUAUUCAGAGUAUUCAAAUGUAUAGUAGUAACAGUAAUGAUGAUGAUGUUGAUCAUUAUAAUUGUUAUUUAACAGUAGUGUAAAUAUGUUGUCUGGAAAAUGCCAGCUCCUAUGAAGACACUGACUGAACUGCUGUCAACUGUAUGAGGGGAGGCUGCUGAGGGGAGAACAGAAUUUUAAUAAUGGCUGUAACGGAGCAAAUGGAGUGGCAUCAAACACCUGGAAACUAUGUGUUUGAUAUCAUUCCUCUGAUUCCGUUCCAGCCAUUACCACGAGCCCAUCCUCCCCAAUUAACGUGCCACCAACCUCCUGUGAACUGUAUGCAUGGCUAGUAAACAAACAAAAAAGCUUACUUUAUCGUUUGAGAUGAUUAUAGGCUGUGUAAACUUACAAACCAGACACAUACACAUCUGGGUCCGGACACUGUCUCAACUAUACAUGGUUGUAGGCCACGGGGAGCCAGACCUUCCCUGGGUUACCAUUUUCAUUGCUCAUUUGAUCUUUUUUUAUGUCACCAUUUACUCUUUCUCCCUCCCUAAAUGAAUGGAUGAAUGACACUUUCAUUUAGCACCUAAACAAUAAAAGUGUUUAACACAAUGCAUUGCAGCGUGAAUGACACUUUUUCUAUGUUUACUUAUUGGGGUGACAGGCACUCUACACCAUCGCCGGGUUCUCUCUAAAGUGUUCUGGGACAGAGACAUUUAUUUGGAAGGAAAUGGUUUCUGUUCCUAUGCCACCUCCAGUUCUAAAUAGCACAGUCACUUUGUGAAUUACAAGAACCCAACGUUGAUCGCUUCAGCAAGUGCACAAUGCUUGAUGAAUUAAACUUUACUUUCUUUGUUUA